GGAAAAUAAUUUACGAUUACAAGUACAAGGGGCCCGGAGAGGUCGUCUGUCCCGGGGCCCGGGCUGGCUCUCGGCGGCCCUGUUUACACAAAAAGUGUCUGAGCAAGUCUUGUACAUACGAUUGAAUAGACAUAAACCAGCGAUUGCAGGCAUGGUCGUUUUUCACUGCUUUAACUUCAUAAACAAGCAGCUUAGUUUGAUUUCCAGCAUAAAGUAUGAUUGCAGAAGAUUUAAAUAUUAUAAACAGUUGAAAUUAUAUUGACUAUCCUUGCAAAAAAAGCUGAAAUAAAGCGAACAAUUUACACGUUCUGGUCAUAACCGCUAGACUCCAAUCUACCCGUCGCGCCGUGUAGCUGUACGGCUGGCUGUGGCAGAAGUGAUGACGUCACACGCAAGUUCCCGUGACGCUACACGUUGCCGUCCCCGUACGCGUCGCGCCAGCGCUGAGUCUCAAACUCUCUAGUGAGAACGACCUUCCCCGUGAAAGGGCUAAAGAUGCCAAGCAAUAUUAUCAAGUAUGGCCGGCGCUGUGACAACUGCAGUGGCGCAGCGGUUGUUAAAACAAAAAUCCUCUGAUGGAAAAAGCAAAGCUCGUCAGCGUUUUAGCCCAGUCAUCUUGCGGGCAUUAUGAUGAUGAUGUAGUUUUAUAGCGCGCCAGUAUCCGCAUCACAAAGAUGCGCUCAAUGCAUAUAAAAACAACUACCUGAAGCCUGCCGCGCUUCUUAGACUUAGAGAAAGAACGCACCUACAAGAAGCGGUUAUUAAAGUAAGUACAGUAAACUGGUCCAGUGGUUCUCAAAGUAUUUCGGACCGCUGACCACUUUACUUAAGUACAAAAUAUGGCGGACCACCAAGGCCUAAAAAAUCACUCUGUACUAUGAAUUUCAAAUUUAAAUUGCCGCAUUUGUUUCAUUACAAUUCAAAAUUAAAUGUACUUAACAUUGUAGUUCUUCCUUCCAGAAUUGGUUUUCAAAUCAAAGACGGGGGUUAGGAACAAAGCCAGCUAAACAACUGAAAAAACAACACCAAAAAAACAGAAAACAACACCAAAAAAAACCAACACCAAAGAAAGAGAAAACAACACCAAAAAAAGAGGAAACAACACCAAAGAAAGAAGCCGGCCAGCUUCCGGCUUCAUUUUUCAGUUUCCAUGCCUUGUUAAGCGGGCAGCUUAAACAGCCACUUGUCCUGUGACCGGUGACGCCUGACCCAAGGUGAGGUCGCCUUGCAUGAGUCCAGUUACAAUGGCGACCACAUGGUCAGAGGUCACAGCGGCAAGUGGAGGGUGAAGCUGCCCGCUGAAGCCGGAAUAAAAAAAGGAAGGGGAAAGACAGUCUUUACUAAUAGAAGCCCUGGAAAAGGCUCCACCUAAAUCAUAUCUGGAAGCUGUUGCUAUUUUGCGAAAGUGGCUGAGUGACAUGGAAUCUGCAGUAGGAUCUGAAAAGCUGCAUGUAGCUUCUGUGUCCAGCAUCGAAAAUCAGUUGAAAAUGUACAAGGAACUUCAGCGAGACAUUGAAGACCACACAGCCAGUCAAGAAGGCAUCAACAAAGCUGGUCGUGAGCUCAUUGCAAGGUCGCUGCCAGACAAGGCUGGCUGCCUGGAGCAAGAUUUGUCCUCUGUUAAUUCCGUUGGCAGACAGUUAUCACCAUGAUUGAGCAGCGUCAGGCACGUUUGGACAAGGCCAUCAAACAGAUGAAGGAAUACCAGACACAGCAAGAAGGGUUGACCAAGUGGAUGGAUGAGAUGGAUGUGUUUCUGCAUGCUGAGGACCCUGCUGUAGGUGAUAUUCCUGCACUUCAGGCCCAACUUCAAGAAAGUAAGGGUGUGCAAGAAGACAUUAAGACCCUACAACUGAAUGUGCGCAGCAUCAACUCCAUUGCUGAGUCUUUCAUGGAUGAAGCUGAGCCACAGUUCAGAGAAGAACACAUGGCUCUAGAAGCCCAAUUUAUUGACUUCCAGUCCCAGACUCUGAAGGUGAAAGACUGGCUAACUCGAGCAGAGAAUAUCUUGACAUCACACAGCCGUUUGUCUGAACAGCAGCAUGUGCUGAGUCCUCAUUCUGAGACCAUAAAGCAGCAGCAGACCCUUUUGAUGCAGAUGAAUGAAUUACAUAGUCAGGUGGACAAUGACAAUGACAAUUCUUUAUUAACGAGGGGUAAAAUAAGCAACUGAGCGCUUUUUUCCACUUAGCCCUCGCCCUUUUCAGGGAAGGAAAUUAACUAUAUAAAUGAAUUAAUUAAGCAUUAAAUAUUAACUGACUAUUUGCUUCCAACAACUCUGCCUAAGCCCCCAUGUAUCUCCACAACUCGUCAGAAUGAACAGUCCACGUGGUCUCGUAACUCGUAAGUCCAGACUUUUUAAUUACACACAAGUACCCAGGCUUUAUUACACAAGUACCCACGCUUUAUUGCACAAGUACCCACUCAGCCUCCUACAGCCCAUCUGCCCCAAACGUCUGUUUAUUAUGGUUAUAUUGGUCUACCUGUAAACACUCAGUUAACUUACGAUUUCAGUUUUCUUUAGAGGCACUAAGAAUUAGGCAAUAUGAUCUAGUUUAUUAUUAUGUUAGUAAUUUUUUUAUGUCAAUUUCGAAAUUUUCUGAUUAAAAAAAAAAAAAAAUUUUGUAGUGCAAUAUUCGUGUAAUAAAGUAACACUGCAGUUGUCUUUCUU